CAUCCUUGUGCGGCCACACUUCUUUUCCGAAUCGAACCGCCAUUACCGAACGCCGAAGCAAAUCAAUCGAAUUUUUUAGGAUCUAAGCAAUCUAUGAACCUCAAACGACGCUCGUGCAAUUACCGAGAAUUGUGUGAUACAUAUAUAGCUGCUACCUGACAUCCCAGACCAUCGACCAACCAUGUCGCAAUUCAAUUUUGUGAGUGAUCUUCAAAAUGCAUUGAUCAUGGACGGGGAGACGCGCGGACCUGCACCGCGUUGGAAGAAGAAGCUGGAGGCGUCACUCAACGGGAGCGCCAAUACCACACGAUCGGUGCUGUCCGUCUCAUACAACACCAGCUUCUCGGGCGUCCAGGUGUCCACGAAGACGCCGGGAAAGACUAGCGAGGGCAAGGCCAAGAAAUCGACGACCACGCCAACAAAAACGCCUGGGGGCGAUCGAUUCAUACCGAAUCGAGCUGCCACCAACUUUGAGCUGGCUCACUUUUUGGUCAACAAAGAUACUGGUGACAAGUCUGACGAGGAGAACGAAAAAGCCACCACUAGCAACAGCAACGAGAGCAAUGUCCAGGCCUCGGCUCACAAAGUGGAGCGACAGAAACUGAUCUCCGAUGUUGCCCAGGUCAACAAUGACAACAAUAGUGGCCGUAUUUUGUGUUAUCAGAACAAGGCACCAGCUGCCCCCGAGUCGCACACUAAUCCUCUAAAGGUUGUGUACUCUAUAAAGACACCCAUAUCGACGAAGAGUGGAUCGCGCUAUAUACCAACCACUUCGGAGAGGAUUCUGGAUGCACCGGACUUUAUUAACGAUUACUAUCUCAACCUGAUGGAUUGGAGUGGUGAUAAUAUAGUGGCCGUUGCCUUGGGCAGUUGCGUCUACUUGUGGAAUGCAGCCACCGGAAAUAUUGAGCAGCUGACUGAAUUCGAGGAGGGCGACUAUGCUGGGUCUCUAUCCUGGAUUCCGGAGGGUCAGAUCUUGGCCAUUGGCAACAGCACUGGGGCCGUGGAGCUCUGGGACUGUUCCAAGGUGAAGAGACUGCGUGUGAUGGACGGACAUAGUGCCAGAGUGGGAUCCUUGGCCUGGAAUUCAUUCCUGGUGUCCUCUGGCAGUCGCGAUGGCACCAUUAUUCAUCACGAUGUCCGUGCGCGAGAGCACAAGCUCUCCUCCCUGGCGGGACACACUCAGGAGGUUUGUGGUUUGAAGUGGUCCACGGAUUUUAAGUUGGCCAGUGGAGGCAAUGACAAUCUGGUGAAUGUUUGGUCUUUAGCUGGCAAUGGUGUGGGAACGGCCACCGAUCCGCUGCACAAGUUCAAUGAACAUCAGGCUGCAGUGCGUGCCUUGGCCUGGUGUCCUUGGCAGCCAAAUACCCUGGCCUCUGGCGGCGGAACUGCUGAUCGUUGCAUCAAGUUCUGGAAUGUAAACAAUGGAUCCCUCACUAAAUCCGUUGAUUCCAAGUCGCGUUGCUCUCUGCUCUUCUCGCACUACAAGGAGCUGAUAUCGGCCCAUGGAUUUGCCAAUAACCAAUUGACCAUUUGGAAGUAUCCAACGAUGGUGAAGCAGGCAGACUUAACAGGACACACGUCGCGAGUAUUGCAGAUGGCCAUGUCACCGGAUGGCAGCACUGUAAUAAGUGCCGGAGCCGAUGAAACCCUGCGACUGUGGAAUUGCUUUGCUCCUGAUCCCUUGGCCGCCAAGAAGGCCUCGGCCAGUGUUAAUAGCAAGGCCAAACAGAGCGUUUUCCGGCAGAGCAUUCGUUAGGAAACUAUUAAAUAUGACUAAUUUGAAGAAAGUUCCCAUAUCCAACAUUUGUUUCAAGUUUAAACUAGUAGACAAUUUUAUGUUUAGUGAUUGAUAAAUUGAUUAUUUCUUGUUCCAUGUUUUGUAUCGCGGCCAAGUGUUGUGUAUGAAUUCCCACCGACGAUGAUACAUAGAAAUUAAACGUUUUGUCAAAUACUUUUA